CACAGCCCCACUCCACAACACCUAAGAAGAAGCUUGAGUUAACCACAUCGAAUCUCAGCGAGUUCCGGCCUCGUACCCUCGUAGUACAGUUUUCAUCUUUAAUUUUUUGCUUCGUGCCUGCUCUCCAUCCACCUUGGAGAAAUGGACUUCUUGCAAUCUGGACCAGUUGAUACCUCAUUGUUGUGCCAUCAGGAAGAGCAUAUUUCAAAUGAAAUUUGGAAACAUGAUGAUUAUGUAAGGAUGCUUAGAGCGAGACAUCGAUGGCACGUGGUUACUCUAGAUCUCUUGGACCAUCGUGUAAAGGAUGAAAUAGUUAAGGCUGGUUUUGGUCCGAUCAUCUCAAUAAAUGAUGUCACUAUUGAUCAACAACUAGUAAAUGCACUUGUGGAGCGUUGGAGAAGAGAGACCCACACAUUCCAUUUUCCUUAUGGUGAGGCUACAAUAACAUUACAAGACGUCUUGUUGCAACUUGGGCUUCCCAUUGAUGGAGAUGCCGUCACUGGUAGUAGUUCUAAUGAGUGGGGGCCAACUUGUUUACGAUUAUUGGGAGAUAGUCCCCCAUUUAAUCAAUUAAAGGGAAGUAUGGUAAAACUAACUUGGCUUGAAACCCUUAUCCAGAAACUUCCUUCUACUAACUACGUGCCACAAAGUGUAAUUGAACAACAUGCUAGAGCCCACAUCAUGUUGUUAAUGGGGAAUAUUUUAUUUGUUGAAUCAUCUGGGCAGUCUAUUCAUUUGAUGUAUCUUUUGUUGUUGGACAACUUACCGGCUGCAAAAAAUUAUAGUUGGGGUGCAGCUGUUUUGGCUUGCUUGUACAGUGCUUUGGACCGAGCAACAAAUCCUAACCAGAGAAACAUUGGAGGAUGCAUGUUGCUUCUCCAAUCAUGGGCAUAUAGUCGCCUUCAAUGCAUUGCACCCACUAUAAAUUCCAUUUUUGUAAACAGGGUGGAGCAAGGAGUUGGCUUCCCUCUUGCACAAAGAUGGUCUUGUCCGAAGAAGAGCACAACAAUCCCAAUCCAUAGUGCAACAAAUGUCAUACGGAAAAAAUUUGACGGGUUGGGUAUAGAUGAUUUUAAAUGGACGCCUUAUCCUUAUGAAGAAUUGAACAUCAGGGGAUUGAUUGAUCAUGUGGACAUCCUCCCCAAUGUUAUUUAUGCAAUGGUGCCAUUGAUAUGUUUUUCUACUGUGCAAUGGCAUCCGUUAGAUAGGGUCAAGCGACAAUUUGGAUGACGUCAAUGCAUUCCAAAUGAUCCACCUAAUUUGGAUGAAUUUUGCAAAGAUGAUUUACGGGGAAAACAAGAUUAUCAUUGGCCUGAUCAUCAUCACAAGUCGAUUGCUCAGUGGGAUGAUAGAUAUAAUCGAUUGAUUGAUGGUGAUCCAUAUUCCGGUACUUUAAAUGAAAACUCUGAGUAUAUGAAAUGGUAUAUACCCCGCACUCGGCGAUAUAUAUCACAUGAGGCUGUAAUUUUAAAUGGCAUGGUACAUUUAUCUUAAACAUUGCACACACAUAAAAUUAUUAGCCCCGCACUUACCAUUUCUUAAUGUUUUUGUAACAUGUUACUAAUUAUUGUUACAGCAUUCCUUCGUACAUUUAAUUCGAAAUCACUGUAAA